UCCUCACCCGGGACACUGCAGAGCGGUUCUAUCCUCACUCGGGACAUCAUGAGUUUGCAGUCACUGUUGUGUACACCGCGCUGAGGCUGAGAUGAAGGGGAUCACGGAUGAAGAGCUGCACAACCUUCUCAUCAAUACGGGGGAUGUCCGCCAUCGCUGCGUCUCCCGUAUGGUGGAGGAGGUGCAGACCGUGAUGCUGAAGCUGACAACGCAGAUCAGUUCCUGGGACUCCAGGUUUAAUAGUAUCUCCAACUCUGGGAUCCACAGCGACAACCUGAAGGAUCAGCCAGAUUUACUGGCUCAUUGGAUGGUGCUGCUCAGGGGGCGACGUUCUUUGUACCCCUGUAUACAGGUUUUGGCCCCCUCACAGCUCCUGGUGACUGUUCCCCUGCGGGGUCUCAGUGGGUAUCGUCAGAAGAGUUCCAGGAGAUGGCGCUAUUACACGCCCAGCGGAGUGCAGCUCCUGAGCCCAGUAGUCGAGCCGGAAAAGCUUCACCAGUGGCUGGAGGUGGAGCAGUUUCAGAAGAGCAGCGCACACUGGCACGACACCGAUGUCUCCAUCCAGGGGGACCUGGUGCCCGCCCGAGUACUCAGCGUCCUACAGGGGCUCCUCCAACGAGCCAUCCCAGCCUGCAACCUGACUGACAGGGUGAGCGUCCUGGAGUCCAUUGGUUCGACCAUCAGAGUCACCGUAGAGACGUUCGGGCAGAUGGUGGAGGUGGAGCUGCUCCCAGUGGUGGAGAUCCCAGGAUGUUGGUCUCGGAAGGCGCGGUGGCCCAGAUUCUUUAAGCGUUGGCCCUCUAAGGAGAGAGCACGCUGUGUGAAGUCUUUUGGCUUUGACCUCAUCGCUCGUACAAAUUACCACUGGCAGCUUUCGUUCCUGAGGGCAGAGCGCCUCCUGCUGGACGACAUAGAUGAGGAUGGAGGGUGUCGGAUGAAGUGCCUGCGAGUGGUUCGGCAGCUGAAGGAAGACGUGUGGUGCCCGGGAUCUCGCCCUGUUAUCACUUCCCAACAUCUGCAGAUGAUCCUCCUCUGGGAGUGUGAGCGGAAUCCUUCCUCAAAGGCCUGGCUCAAUUUUGGCUCCUCCUUUCUCCGUCUUGUUCGCAGACUCCUGAAAUGUUCCCGCCAGCGCUUCCUGCGCCAUUACUUCGUCAGACGGGCAAAUCUUCUUAAAUACGCAGACGCCAACCAGUUAGACAAGCUCGCUGACAAACUGAGGAGAUUCCUGCAGUGUCCUACUCUGAAUCUUUCUCCAUACUGUGACCACACCUCCAUCUGUUGAGACCACCCCCGAGGAGCAUCUCUCCGGAUAUCUCUCCCUGUGGAUAUAGUGAAGUGUGUACAGAUUACAAUGGAUAAAGAAUGUGAUCGUCCAAUCGGGGGGGGGGGGGAGGGGGCGCCGAGUCUCCAGUGGUAGAAACAUCACUGUCCAGAGAUUAAAGACAAUGUUCCAUAAGUCAAAGAACACUCAUCUGCCCCCUACAGGUAACUAGCAGCGUUCCCUCUGACUAGAAGCAUGUCCUUGUGAAGAACGCUGACUGACUGCCCUGCCCUACUCCAUGGAGGGAUCACCUGCCCAUCAGGACUAACGGGUUUCACAUUGGAUGUAAAUGAUAAUCUAGAGGCACUCAGUUCCUCAGGGGCGGAGUUAACCAUUAGUGACAUCUGUUUCAGGAGACGAGAGUCACAGUGCAGUCAUGUGUGUGAUGGUCGCGCCCAGAGAAUAAAGUCCUCAUAUAUUUACUGUGGAUUGUGUGUGUGUGUGUGUGUGUGUGUGUGUGUGUGUGUGUGGGGGGGGGGGUAAUCCCUAAAUCUCAUUGCACAUUGCAUCCUCCAUGACUCCGCCCUAGUAGAAAAAAAAACACGCCUACGUUCCCGAGGUGAUAUAGAGCCCCGUUAUACAUUGUAUUCUAUAUGUUAUUUACACUUUGUAGGGUCACGUCUAGAUGUAUCGAUUUUUUACCCUGUGCAUUGUGAUUCUGCCCUGUUACAAUAAACUCCACC